UCCCUGACUGAUCCUAUUCGUUGCUGCAGUACAAUUUUGCCUUCCGUUAGCAUUUUUACUGGUGUUUAGUCAGUGAUUCUUGACGGCUUCGUUUAUGACCAAUGACUAAUAAGCUUGUUCAAUGAGCGGACGAGAAGGGUGAAGUCGAGCACUUUUAAAUACGACCUAUGCCCUUUCAGAUUUGUUACUUCUGUGUUCAUUUUAAGAAAUUUUGCGUUAUUUUACAUGGUGAUCUGAUGUUCAGUUUGUGCAUAUCCACGUUAUUAAUCUGCGUUCUUCGCCCAGUUUCUUUUUUCUUUUCAGUGUUUUUCUGAUAAACAGCUGUCGUGUGCAGAUUGCACUGGAAACUACCAAGAGUCCGUUCUCCUUACAAGAUUAUUACUGCAUAUAUAUCAUUACGUACAUGAAGGUUACCGUAGGAGUCGUAAAAGUCGGCAUGUUAAGCAGGAGUUUUUAUGAUAAUUAACUAUGAACGAACACAAUGUCCCCAGGAAACUCUGUCAGCGCAAAGUGGCAUAUUUUACCUGUUUUUACAAUACUGUUCAUCUUUUUUGUCCAUCCACAUUGUUCCACUGGAGCAUUGGCGACUUGGAUGCAUAUCGGCAUUGCCGGAUCCAGCCUAUACCAAGCUCCUGAUUUUGUACUAAAUCCCCAGAUUCACAGUGAUACUCAAAAUACACCGGAUACUGCCUGGUGCAGUACCAUCCCCGGUCUGGUUGAUCACCAGCUUGUGCUUUGCCGGCGCACUCCCAUUGUUUUCGCUCAAGUAUCCAGUGCCGCCAAAUUGGCCAUUAUGGAAUGCCAGAAUCAGUUUCGUCAUGACCUUUGGAAUUGUACCACCACUAAUGAUCAUACCGUCUUUGGAAAAGUGGCUGUUAAGGGCAACAGGGAAACGGCCUUCAUUGCGGCCAUCUCCAGUGCCGCCGUGGUCCACGCGGUAGUCCGCGCCUGCAGUUCCGGUAAUUUAACGGACUGCUCAUGUGAUAUGCGCCGUGAAGGCCAGCGUGAUAAUGUUAACGGAUGGAAAUGGAGCGGCUGCUCGGACAACGUGGAGUUUGGCAUGGAAUUUUCGCGUCUCUUCAACGACGCUCCGGAAGACAUUAAGCGUCAUGAUUCCCGCAGUAUACGGGAUGUUAUGCACUUGCACAACAAAGCAGCUGGACGAAUGGCCGUUCAGAGAUCCAUGAAAAUACAAUGCCGGUGCCACGGAGUUAGUGGAAGUUGCGAGAUGAAAACUUGCUGGAAUACUGUUCAGAACUUCCAUGUUGUUGGUUCGGCACUAAAAAAGAAAUACUCGCGCGCAGUGUGGAUUGCAAAAAAAUCUAUAAGCAAGUUGAAGCGGAGGGAGAUGAAGAGCAAACGAAAACCAAUUCGAAAGGAUGACUUGGUAUACAUUGAUAAAUCACCGGAUUACUGCAGAGCGAACAGAAAGCGAGGUAUUCCUGGAACGACAGGUAGAAUAUGCAAUAGUUCCGUUGCGGCUUCCAACAGCUGCAAAAGAAUGUGCUGUGGACGAGGUCACUACACAAAAGUUGUGUGGCGCAAGGAUCGCUGCAAGUGCAAAUUCAUAUGGUGUUGCAACGUCCAGUGCGAAGUCUGCCAAAAACGAUACGAAAUCAAUUAUUGUCGCUAAGUUUGAAGUUUUAAUGCUGGAGCUUCCGACGCCGCUAACAUCACAUACUACAAAUAUAACCAGACAUAAGCAUGGGGAUUCUGCUCACCCUACAGACACCACGAGAGUCGGAAAAGGCAAGCUAGGAAUAUUGCAUGCGUCUUUCAGGUCAUCGCUAUCUGUUGGAAUCAGUAUUGUUGUUGAAAUAUGGAUCUGAUUGUCUGAUCGUGAGCGGUAUACCGCUUUUCAGAACCCACUAGUAACGUUAUUUUGGUCUAGCGUUGUAGUUCUUUUGCAUUAAACAGCCGGGCUUUCGCAGUGCAGUUAAUUUACUCAUUGUUUUCCGUUUGGUAUAAUUUUGUCAUUUUAAGCGACUGCAAGGAUACAAUCAUAUAAAUACAUUUUUGCAGUCCUUAGAUUUUGAGAAAUUUGCAGCUGUUAAUGUGUUAUUUUUCAAUCUUAAUUAUGAAUUGAUCAUGCGCGGGAUGAA